UGCCGAAAGGCAACGACACGACGCGUUCGGCAUCGCCGAAGAAGAGUUUCGAAGGCAUUUUAGGCUCUCGAAAGACAUAGUGCGACGUCUUUGCGAUGAGCUGGAAGGACAUCUCGGACCUCAAAGAUUGCGUGGUGUCGACACUACGAUGAAAGUGCUGUGCGCGCUGCGGUUUUUUGCCACCGGGAGCUUUCAACAGUGCGUCGGGAAUGAAGAAGCGAUUGCACUGUCGUAGCCUUCGGUCAGCCGGAUCAUUACAGCCGUCGCUAAGGCCAUUGCGGUUGUGGGCAAGGAAAAAGGAUGGGUUAGAUUCCCAUCCACGGCGCAACAGUAAGCCGCCGUCAAGGAAGGCUUUCUUAGCCGUGGAAAAAUUCCAGGAGUUCUAGGAUGUGUGGACGGGAGUCUGAUAGCCAUCGUUCGCACUAAGAAGCUCGGCCCCGGCGAAACGGAAUCGUACUGGAGCCGUAAAGGGUAUUACGCCCUCAACUGCAUGGUCGUGUGCGACGCGAAGCUGAAUAUCCUGGAAAUUGACCCACGGUUUCCGGGAUCGUGCCACGAUUCUUUCGUCUGGAGGCAUUCUACAUUUCGCCGCCGCCUCACUCGUGGCCUGUUACUUCAUGGAGAAGUCUUGCUUGCGACAUGUGGUGCUGGAGUGAUUAGCAAGGAUCAAACGGGCAGCUCGAUUUUGGGUACCUUCAUGAGAAGAGGGGACUCUGGGUACCCGCUAGCGCCAUGGAUCAUGACUCCUGUGCCUCGUCACCCAAAUCGCCUCACGGCAGAGGGGCGUUAUAAUGAGGCACACGCAUCAAUGCGAAAUGCCGUUGAGCGGUGCAUAGGAGUCGUCAAGAGCCGCUUCCGAUGCCUGCAGAUGUAUCGGGUGCUCCACUACUCGCCUCAGAAAGCAGCCACUAUUGUUGCAGCUUGUGCAGCGCUGCAUAACCUCUGCCUUGCGGCAGGCGUGCCUCUGCCAGACGACCCAGAUGAUGACGGUGCACAUGACGACAGCGCACAGGGGCCAGCCCAGGCACAAGUGCCGCUUCAAGUACAGGUGCCACCGCAGGCGCACCCUGUACCUUCUCGAGCUUUGUUUCAAAGAGGCCGUGCGGUGCGCGAAUCCAUAGUUGGUGUGUUUCGGCUGCCCAGAAAUUUGCGCAUUGCCUACCUGCAAAGUGUGCGCCGGCGCAUUCGCUGGCAAAUGAGGCGGAGACAUGUGCUGGUGUAACAUGUUUUAUUUUUCUUUUCAUGAAGUAAAUAGGCCGUGCACUUCAACAUAACACAUUGCGUGUGCUCACAUGUGGCUAAUCGUAGUAUGCUGCAUACUGCGGUAGUGAAAAGCACAUGAUUUGUCUAUGUUGAGCAUGACAGAUACACAUGCAGUGACAAAUAGCCAUGUGCCAUUAUGUUACUCCUUUGCUUUGUUCACUGUGCUUUUGAAUAUUGUCUCA